AUGAUCCCGGGAACCAACCCUUGGUUUAUCGAGUCAGCCUCGGGCUUUAGGAUUCCCGGCCCUGGGCUCGGAACGUUCGACACACAAGGCUCCGGGGACGGCCGGUGCAUGCAAGCGGUGAAGGAAGGCAUCCUCGCGGGAUAUCGCCAUAUCGACACUGCUGCAUUAUACGGUUGUGAAGGCGAAGUUGGCGAGGGAAUUAGAGCCAGCAGUGUCGCGAGAGAGGAAUUGCUUGUCUGUACGAAGUUGUCAGUAUCCGCAAAGAAGCCUGGAGGCAUAGGCACCGUCUAG